AUGAAGACCUCUUCAGAAGCUUAUGAAUUCUGCAAGGACAUACUUGAAAAUUAUAGUAUAUACAAGGAUCAUAUUAAUAUAAGUACUGGUUGUUUUCAUGAUCGAUCAAAGGAAAGAGAGCUUUAUGAGCGGAGAACAGAAGAAAAGCUAGAAGCUAUUGGACUCUUUUGUAAGGAAGGGAAUAUUCUGUUUGCAAAGAAUGAUUAUGAAGGCUCUAUUACUGAAUACAUGAAUGCUCUUAUAUAUAUUGACUAUACGUUUCCUGAAACUUUUGAAGAGGAGAAAGAGCUGCAAAGGUUAAAGAUAAGAGUUCACCUAAAUAUGGCAGCUUGCAAACUGAAGUUAAAGAUAUACAACGAUGUUCAAACUCAUUGUAGAAUUGUGCUUGAUCUAGAUCCUAAAAAUAUCAAGGCAAUUUAUAGAAGCGCUACUGCUUACUUUGAAGAUCACAAAUAUGAUGAAGCUUUGGAAAGGUUAUCCCUAAUUCUUAUUAAUAUUGAAUACUCUAAAAAUAAUUAUAUAUGUGAUGACAAAGAUAGAAUAAGAGAAUCACAGGAACAUAACAAAGAUAUUGUUUUGCCAAUUAACUCAUCGAGAGCGCAGGUACAUCAGGAUGAUAUAGAGUGCUUUAUAAAAUUAAGAAAUCUUAUAUUAAAUAUGAAGAAUAAUUACAAUAAGGAAAGCAAAAUAUUGAUAAAGAAAAUGAUGAAUGUAGGUAAUAAUUAA